UGUUUGCCGUCUGUUCUAGCAGUCAGUUUGGCAGGACGAGACCAAGGUAGGGCGCCGGCGGUUGCGCGUCGGGAGUAAAGAGAAAUACCGUCUUCGUCGUAAAGGAGCCAGCCGUGCACCGCCUGCGGAUAGAUUCAGUGAACCUUGCAUUCUUGGGAGACGCCGGGCGAAAGGAUCUCAACUUUUCUGGAAUAAGCUGAGGAAUGUGGACUCAGGCAUAUUCUUCUGUCGAGUUUGUUGUUUCGCCGCCGAUUUUGAUUGAAAAUACUUUUACCAGGAAAGGUUGUCGUGAAAACGUAAAAGUUAGUCCGAUCAUGAGAGGGACAAAGCCAGGCGACGUGGGCGCGUAGACGGUUGAUGGACGUCUCACCGCGGCUUAUGACCAUUACUAAGAGGACAAAUUAACCAGCUUUCAGGAUGAAUACAACUUGGGAUUACGUUACGCUCGAUCCGAGCACCAUAACCGCGGAUUCAACGGAUUGGGAUGAUGAGAACAACUUAACGGAUCUCAACCACUACAUCCGUAAAAACACAACUGAAAAAGUGGCGAUAACUGACCACACUUGGCCCAUUUAUUCGGCCACUAUCAUCACUUGUCUCUACGUUUUCGUCAUCAUUUUCGCAAUCGGAGGAAACGCCGUGGUGUGUUAUGUUGUAUUGGGUUUCCAGAGAAUGCGGACAGUCACCAAUUACUUCAUAGUGAACUUAGCCUUCAGUGACAUAAUGAUGGCUAUCCUGUGCAUUCCUUUCUCUUUCGUUGCUAAUACCAUGUACACGUAUUGGCCAUUUGGGCCGGUGUUGUGUCCUGUUGUUACUUAUUGCCAAACCGUCUCAGUGUUCCUCAGUUGUUUAACACUUGUCGCUAUCGCUAUAGAUCGCUACGUUGCCAUAAUUCAUCCUCUAAAGCCAAGGCUAACAGUGAAACAAGCCUUUGUCGUGAUUGCGAUCAUCUGGGUUCUUGCUACGGGAGUUUCCUUACCAGUGGCAAUCCUCUCGCGGAUAGAAAGGCGAAAAGACCAUCGGAAAAUCUUUCGGGAUUAUUGCACGGAAAUCUGGCAAUCGUCUCAGCAGAAAUAUAACUACAGCCUCUCCAUCAUGUUAUUGCAGUACUUCAUUCCCUUAUCUGUUUUCGUGUGGACCUAUAUCAGGAUAGGCGUGGUGAUAUGGGUUAAGAAACCUCCCGGGGAGGCAGAGAAUAACAGAGAUCGACGAAUGAAUGCAUCAAAACGAAAGAUGAUCAAAAUGAUGAUGACGGUGGUAUUCAUCUAUGCUAUCUGUUGGCUACCAGUGCACACAAUCACCCUGGUCGGGGACUGGAAACCAUCUAUAUACGAUCUACCAGGAAUGAAUGCUGUCUGGGUAUUCUGCCAUUGGUUGUCCAUGAGUAACAGUUGUUACAAUCCAAUCAUUUACUGUUGGAUGAAUGCAAAAUAUAGGCAGGGAUUUAAAUAUGCUUUCCGUUGUUUCCCCUGCUGCAGGUCGUCUAUGGACCAAGAUAACGUGUGCAGUUACAACAGCAGAUACAACGCCAAUUCAACUUACGUCACAAACGCUCGCUCCAGCUUUGUCGUGAAUAAAAGAAAACAAAGAAAUAAUGUCGUAAACGACCAACCAUACGUUGUGAACUUUGAAAGUGAAGUAAGUAAUGAUUCAUAUCCCUUACGGAAACUCCCGAGUCCGGACUCUGAUAACGAAGACGAGGGUGGAACUUCUAACUGGGGACGAGCAAGUAGAUUCUACUUGUCACCUCAUUGAUCGCUUAUCGAAGACAAUGAGGUUCUUAUCGUCUGUAAAAGUGUCAACAACUACAAAAAACAAGUUGUUCUUCAAACCUUUUAAAACCUCGAAAUAGAAACACUUUUUGUAUGGUUUAUAACUGACAUGUUACAUCAUGAAGAUCUCAUGCCAUGAUGUAAAUGUCGGACAUGAUUGUGUAAAAAACGGUAUUGAAUUUAGUGCAUCAGUUUGUAACAUAUCGUUUGAAGUAGCUAUGGGCUAGACUGUACAUAUAACCAUGGUAACCACCAUUUGUGAAGACAGGCUAGGCCUGAAUCCGACAUCUGUACUUUUGAUACACCCUGUGAAUUUAACUUUUUCACUCAUUUCAAUAACCAGUUGCCGAACUUUCCAAUUCUUUGAUAAUGAUUGUGUCGUGUCCUGCACUGAAUAAAUGGGUACAUGUAUCCGAAAACACUGGACACUGGAGAGGGUCAUCGUCCUCUCUGGAUCAAUCCUCGCAUCUGCAUCAGUGCUGAUCACAGCCCGUGGCCAUGGCUUCCAUGUGUACUGUUUGUAAGAUUAAUGUUAUGUUAGAAUUCGCCGGAGUAUGAAGUAAUUGAAGUACUUGAACCUAAAGUAAUAUCCAGGUGGCGGAGAAAGAUGCGAUGACUCUCUCCAGUGCCGAGUGUCCAGGGUUAUCGAAUACCCGAAUAAAUGUGAGAGUGCGAAUUGUUUGUUUUUUCAUUAGGAAUUCGCGGUUACAAGAUGUUUCAGCCAAAUGAUGUGCGUAAAGGUACAUGUCUGAACGUAACCCCUGUACAUCCGUAGGCCUACAUCAGUCCAAAAAGAUUCAUAGUU